AUCUGAGUCCUGUUUGGUGGGGCCAGGGAAGGGGACAGUUGCUUUUUGUUUACAUUACACAGACUUCCUAGAUUCAUGUCACCACUGCUCUUAAGAGUUCAUGAAUAUAUCUUUUGGAAAACAGCUUAAAAUUAAAUUAAAGAUGUUUCUCUUUCUUCUAUUAAUGAUCACGGAUUUAUCAACAAAUGCUCAAGAAGUUACCUGUGAAGAGGAACAGCUCAUCAAGGUUGACAUUUUAAUCGGACAUCCAGGUAUUUCUCCACCUUAUAAACCUGGACAUAUUUUAGUUUUUCGCUGCACUAAUAUGAACCUGAAGAUGCAAGGACAACAAACAAUUGAAUGCCUUUCAAAUGGAAAAUGGAAUUACCCGUAUCCACGAUGUGAAGAAGUAAGAUGUCUUCUAAGCUCGAAACAGAAUAAUAUGAAAAUGGAGCUAUUUCCUGAUUUUGAGUGUCCAGUAAAACCUGGGUAUAAUGUAACAUUUUCAUGCAAUGGACAAGGACAGGUUUUAACAGGACAGAGAGAAAUCACCUGCCAGUCAAACGGAAAAUGGAGCAGCCCAUUCCCUACAUGUAAAGAGAGUACAUGUGAAGUUCCACUCGACCAGCAUGUGUUUAAAGCACAAGAAAACUUCAGAGGAGAAAUAACAAUGGGAUCAAAACACAUUUACUCUUGUGAGUCUGGGUAUGAAAAAAUGGCAGAAGAGGCCACAUGUACACGAGACGGAUGGACACCAAACCCACUGUGCGCUGUGAUGACAGGCUCAGGGAGAUGUGGGUCACCUCCACAAGUGAACAAUGCAGAUACAGUACAAAUGACAAAAAAUGAAUACAGUACAGGAGAGAGAGUUGAAUACAGCUGCUUUAAUAAAUACACAAUGGAUCAGCAACACCCUUACACCAGAUACCUGACCUGUCAGCAAGGCCAAUGGACUGGGAUUAUUAAGUGUUUAAAGCCCUGUACAGUGACAAAGGAGAUAAUGGAUGAAAGAGGGAUAGAUUUGGCCUAUAGUAAUCAUCAAAAGAUGUUUGCAGAACAUAAUGAUCACAUCACCUUUGAUUGUCUGCCGGAAAAAUCUUCACUAGGUAUUAAGUUCAGACAAAAGUGUAAUGAUGGAGAAAUUAUUUUACCUCUGUGUGUGUGACAGUGGAAAUAAAAUAUCAUCUGUAUUACUGCACAAACAAAAUGAACAGAUAUAAAUAAAUAUUUUUGUCUCAUAAAGAAAAAGAUUGAACACUUA